AUGAGUAUAUUGUUAGAGGGUUGGAGAGAAAAGUUAGAGGAUAGAGGACGCAGGAUCAGCAGACUGAAGACGGAAUGCAUGAAAUGCCACUUCGGAGAGGAGGAUGAGCAGGAGGUGGAUUUGGAAAUAGACCUAGAGGUACUCAGAGAGACUGAUAUCUUCACGUACUUAGGGUCUAUGGGAGCAGAGACCUGGGCAACCACCAAGAGAGAAGAGGAGCGCCUGGAUGUGAACGAAAUGAGAAUGCUGGGAUGGACUCGCGGGGUGACAAUAAGGGACAGAGUGUCUAACCGCCACUUUAGAGAAUCUCUACACGUCACUGAGGUGGCCAGGAAUCGGGAAAAGCUUGUAGAAGAACAUCUAGAUAUGCAGAAUUUGCCCACAGAGGGGGCUCUUGGACUCGUGUGGUCGGUCACCACAGAUAGUUUCGAGUUCAAAAUAAAUAUAAGAGAUAGAGAGGAAAAUGGAAGAGGAACGCUGUCAGUGGUUGGUUCCUAG